GGCGCGAGAUUGACGGAGAAACUGUUUUCAACGGAAACGUUUGGGCUACCUAAUUUUGUAGUUUUUCAGCGCGGAAUUAAAAAGUAGCAUUCAGUGUAUUAGACGUAAUAUAUUUUGAGGUAAAAUUUUCUUUUAUAUGUAGGCCCGAUAUCCGAUAUAGCCGCCGCAGUAUUCUGGUGCGGAGCUGACGACGUUACCUAGUGAAACAAUGGCUUGUGUGAAAGACCCCAAUGUCGUAGAGAACUUCAGCAACACACUCGAGGAUAUACGCAACAAGCUGUUGGUCCAGGCCAUAGGCGACAUGGUGGACACGGAGGCGGCGCUGUGUCAGACCCACAGAGAGCACCUGCAGUCCAUGAAAGAGACCUGCCUGAAAAAAUCCAAGGAGGAUGACAACAUGUUUGAAACCAUUCAGCUUCUCAAACGAGAUUUAGAACAAAAAUAUGUUCUUAUGAAAGAGGUAAAAGACACAAUCCCAGAGGUUUUGUCAGAAAUAGAGGAUAAGGAAAAUCAGAAAGAUGUGAUGAUAAAGAAGAUUGGCAGGAUGAAGGAGGAGCAAAUGAAGAAGAAGGAAUUGAUCAUUUCACAGAACAAAGCGAACAAAGACAAAUUAAAGAAUCUGAACAAAGCUAAGCAAAUGUUCCAGGAUUGGCUGGGGUUGGAAAUUCGAAAAAUUCAUGGUGAAAAAUUGCAAUUUAUAUUCAGAAGCAUUGACAGUAAAGACCCAGAGAGUGUAUAUACAUUCAUUCUUCAGAUCAGCGAGGAGGGAUUAUAUCAAGUUGUUUCUUGUGAUCCCCCACUGAAGUGCAUGGCUCAGCUGGAGAAAAGGUUGCAAGAGACCAAAAACUUCUCUGCUUUCCUUGCCAAUGUCAGGAAGGAAUUUGCUGUUUUACUCAAGAACUGAGUUCAAAAUUAAGCAAAAGAACUUCAUUGUAUUCCAUUCAUGUUUUGCUUCUUGUAAUGUGUAAGGCAAAAUGAAUAUGCAACACUUUUUUGGGUUGACAUUUUAUAUGUAAAAGUAUGUUGAUAGUUUUUAUAGAUGUCAUUAGGGUGGUGUUUCAUUUGCAUGAUUUAAUCAGUGCCUUUUCUUCAAUGGCAUAAACAGCUCAUAAUAUUCCACUGUGUCAUGCAUAUUUGCUACUCCACUUCAGCAUUUAUAUUUUAGGAACAGAACCAUAUCUAUUUGUACAGUUGCUAGUCAACUACUGUGGUAGUGGAAAAAGUCCUUCAACCUAUAUAACACUUGAGGUUCAUUUUCAAACUGUACUAGUUUGGAACAGUCCUUUACAGUUGCAUAGUUUCCAUUUUAAAUGUUUAAAGGGCAAGCAUAUGAAUAUAUGUACGUUGCCAUGGUAUUUGUGCUUAAGUGAUAUACUUGUACCAAAUACAAAGUGUCCUUGGUUUAUUUAAAAAAUACAGUAAAGAAAUAAUGGUGCAAAAUUUGAAGACCAAGAGGUCAGUAACAAUUAUUUGACCAUAAUACAUGGGACAGUACAUUAAUUUGAAAAACUUUACAAAAUUUUUUUUUAUGUGAUCAAUCUGGGACUGUCACUUUAAAGGCAACUAAACACUUAAUGAAAGGGGG